AUGGCCAUCGACUCCAUACAAACACCGCCUUACAUGCUGGCCAUCAGGUACACCCACCACCAAGGAUGCUUCUUGGAAUUAAAGAGGGUCUGGGGGAACGUGUGGGUUGGAAAGCAGCUGACUCAGGAGGCGGUGCAGACUGGCAGGAGGACGCUCUCUUUGGGGAACCUCAAUGCAGGAUCGGCCAAGGAGAGGCUCAAAGAGGUCAUGAGAGAUAUUAGCGGACUGAUUCUCGUAGAACUUUGCGCUGCAGUUGUCCAGUGGGACAAUGGGGAGACCAUCGCGCUCUACAUAGACCCGGCGCUGGCUAUUACAUCGGCUGCAGUUCUCAUGUGGCUCAGUUACCCCUAUGGCAGAGAAUGUUGCCAGAUCCUGCUCCAGACUAUUCCAGGACACAUCAACGUGGAAGAUUUUAAGAGCCGGAUCCUUGAUGAAUUCCCAGAUAUCCUAAACGUCCAUCAUCUGCACAUCUGGACAUUUACUCCAACUAAAGUCGUCGCAACAGCUCACGUUGUGUUCCUGAACAAGAAGUUAUACCUCACGCAUGCAGCUUUGAAAGAAUUCUUCCUUGAUGAGGUGUUACCCAGACCAGUGAUAAUUAUAAUUACUCUCGCCUAUCGAAAGGUUACCCUCCAGCCUGAGUUCGCAGUCACGGACGACCCGUCGAAAGAGAGCAACGUCUGCCUCCUGCGAUGCAAAAACCACCACUGUCAUGAAAAGGAAUGUUGCAGAGGCUGCACCUCCGAUGCAACGCCGCUCUCUGCAGUGACGACGGGAGACAAUGACGAUGGAGAGAACCAAGGAACAGAAACUGGAGAACCUAAGAGCACAGACUCAGGCCUUUGCGCCCACGGGAAAAGCGUCUGCCUCACCUUCAAAUUCUCUGAAAGUCCCCAAGCGGGACUGCAGGAGGACAAAGGCACGAAAGCGCCCUCCGGAAUGAAGGAGCCCGAGCCCGUCCACAAACCCAUAGGUCCUCAGCACGAUAGACAAGACGCCGACAGGAUCUCCGAAAGAGUUGGGAGCGAAGGAGAGAAGAAGAAGAAAACCGUCGGGAUCAGAGAGUAA